GUGUUUGGACAACAACAGCAGAAGAGGCAAGGCAUGGUGAUGAGGGCAUCACCAAAACAACUCCAGGCAUUGAGUCAGCACGCUUCUUCACCCAGGAGCAAAGGCCGUCAGUCUGGCAAGGGUCCAUUCAAUCUUCGAAACCAAAAGCCCAUCCAAGCCAACGAGUUCGGCAAAUUAUUCGAAGCUCGCCCUGAGAAGUUCGGACAGCUGCAGGACAUGGAUGUUUCAGUCACUUGCGUUGAAGUCAACAAUGAAGCUAUGAUGCUGCCACACUACAAUUCUAAAGCAAUAUUCGUGGUGCUGGUUGUGGAAGGAAGCGGACGGGUCGAGAUGGCAUGCCCACACAUGGCAAGCCAGAGCCAAAUGGGUGAGGAAGAAGUAGAACAACAAGGAGAACAGGUGAAGGUCACAGCUGAUGUAUCAGAGGGUGAUGUUUUCGUUAUCCCAGCAGGUCAUCCCAUUGCCAUAGUUGCCCAAAACCAACAAUUGAAAAUGUUGGGAUUUGGAAUCAAUGCCCAAAACAACAAGAGGAACUUCAUUGCAGGGAGAGAGGCUAACCCGAUUAGGGAGAUGGAGAGAGAGGCUAAGCAACUGACCUUCGGGCAAGAGAUGGAGCAGAUCAUCAACAGACAGAGGGAAUCUUAUUUCGCCCCGACAGGGCAGAGCCAGCAGCAGAGAGGAGGCAGAGACGAGCCCUUAUCUUCAAUUUUGGCAUUUACAGGCUUUUAAAUAGAUAUAAGCAGUACUAUAGGGAGAGAGU